CGAGCGGGCGCGGAGCCUCCGGAAGUGGGCGAGAAAAGCCAUCCGCUGCCACUUGGGGCCCGUACGCUCGAGGCCCGGUGGGGUCGAGGGUCUCCGCGGGGACCAGCUCGAGGCGGAGUCACGGAGAAGCCUUCUGCCACUCCCACAGAGGCCUGGGCUCGGUCCCGCUUCCGCCGCCCCUCCCUUUGCCCUUCACGGCGCCCGGCCCUCCUCGUUUGGGGCUUUUUGCUGCGCCUCUGCAGCCUGCCUGUCCCUUUUUAGCUUUCCUUCCUGUUCCUCCCCUACUCUAACGCCAGGGUCGCGGGUCUUGCAGCAUCCCAGGAGCCGCACGUAUAACUUGUUCAGUGAGUUACUCAUUGGAUUUCGCAGUUCUUUUAAUUCUGAAAGACUUCAAAUCUUCUAGAAGCCAAAAUGGGUCACGGUAAACAGAUUAGAAUUUUACUUCUGAACGAAAUGGAAAAGCUUGAAAAGACCCUCUUUAGACUUGAACAAGGGUUUGAACUACAGUUCCGAUUAGGCCCAACUUUACAAGGAAAAACAGUUACUGUGCAUACAAAUUACCCAUAUCCUGGAGAAACAUUUAAUCGAGAAAAAUUCCGUUCCCUGGAAUGGGAAAAUCCAUCAGAAAGAGAAGAUGAUUCUGAUAAAUACUGUAAACUUAAUCUCCAACAAGCGGGAUCAUUUCAGUAUUACUUCCUUCGAGGAAAUGAGAAGAGUGGUGGGGGUUACAUAGUUGUGGAUCCUGUAUUACGUGUUGGUACUGAUAAUCAUGUGUUACCCUUAGACUGUGUUACUCUCCAGACAUUUUUAGCUAAGUGUUUGGGACCCUUGGAUGAAUGGGAAAGCAGACUUAGGGUUGCAAAAGAAUCAGGUUACAACAUGAUUCACUUUACCCCAUUGCAGACUCUUGGCCAGUCUAGGUCAUGCUACUCUCUUGCUGAUCAGUUAGAAUUAAAUCCUGACUUUUCCAGACCUAAUAAAAAGUGUACCUGGGAUGAUGUUGGACAGCUAGUGGAAAAAUUGAAAAAGGAAUGGAAUAUUCUUUGUAUCACCGAUGUUGUCUACAAUCAUACCGCUGCUAAUAGUAAAUGGAUCCAGAAACAUCCAGAAAGUGCAUAUAACCUUGUGAAUUCUCCACACUUGAAACCUGCCUGGGUCUUAGACAGAGCACUUUGGCAUUUAUCCUGUGACGUUGCAGAAGGGAAAUAUAAAGAAAAAGGAGUGCCUGCUUUGAUUGAAAAUGACCAUCAGAUGAAUUGCAUUCGAAAAAUAGUUUGGGAGGAUAUUUUUCCAAAGAUUCAACUCUGGGAAUUUUUCCAAGUAGACGUUUCCAAAGCAGUUGAGCAAUUUAGAGGACUUCUUACACAAGGAAAUAGGAAAAUAACCAAGCCUGAUCCAAAAGAACACCUUAAGAUAAUUCAGGAUCCUGAAUACAGGAGGCUUGGCUGUACUGUAGAUAUGAACAUUGCACUAGCGACUUUCAUACCAAAUGACAGUGGGCCAGCCGCAAUUGAUGAAUGCUGUAAUUGGUUCCAAAAGAGAAUUGAGGAAUUAAAUUCAGAGAAACAUCAACUCAUAAACUGUCAUCAGGAACAGGCAGUUAAUUGCCUUUUGGGAAAUGUGUUUUAUGAACGACUGGCUGGCCACGGACCUAAACUAGGACCUGUCACUAGAAGACAUCCUUUAGUUACCAGGUAUUUUACUUUCCCAUUUGAGGAAAUGACCCUCUCCACAGAAGAAUCUAUGAUUCAUCUCCCAAAUAAAGCUUGUUUUCUGAUGGCACAUAAUGGAUGGGUAAUGGGAGAUGAUCCCCUUCGAAACUUUGCUGAACCAGGUUCAGAUGUUUAUCUGAGGAGAGAACUUAUUUGCUGGGGAGACAGUGUUAAAUUACGCUAUGGGAAUAAACCAGAGGACUGUCCUUAUCUCUGGGCACACAUGAAAAAAUACACUGAAAUAACUGCAACUUAUUUCCAGGGAGUACGUCUUGAUAACUGCCACUCCACACCUCUUCAUGUAGCUGAGUACAUGUUGGAUGCUGCUAGGAAAUUGCAACCCAAUUUAUAUAUAGUGGCAGAACUGUUCACAGGAAGUGAAGACUUGGACAAUGUCUUUGUUACUAGACUGGGAAUUAGUUCCUUAAUAAGAGAGGCAAUGAGUGCACAUGAUAGUCAUGAAGAGGGCAGAUUAGUUUACCGAUAUGGAGGAGAACCCGUUGGGUCAUUUGUUCAGCCCUGUUUGAGGCCUUUGAUGCCAGCUAUUGCACAUGCCCUGUUUAUGGAUAUUACCCAUGAUAAUGAGUGUCCUAUUGUGCAUAGAUCAGCAUAUGAUGCUCUCCCAAGUUCCAUGAUUGUUUCUAUGGCGUGUUGUGCUAGUGGUAGUACUAAAGGCUAUGAUGAAUUAGUGCCUCAUCAGAUUUCAGUGGUUUCUGAAGAACGGUUUUACACUAAGUGGAAUCCUGGAGCAUCCCCAUCAGAUACAGGCGAUGUUAAUUUGCAGAGUGGAAUUAUUGCAGCUAGGCGUGCUAUCAAUAAACUUCAUCAAGAGCUUGGGGCCAAGGGUUUUAUUCAGGUGUAUGUGGAUCAGGUUGAUGAAGACAUAGUGGCAGUAACAAGACACUCACCUAGUAUCCAUCAGUCUGUUGUGGCUGUGUCUAGAACUGCUUUCAAGAAUCCCAAGACUUCAUUUUACAGCAAGGAAGUCCCUCAAAUGUGCAUCCCUGGCAAAAUUGAAGAAGUAGUUCUUGAAGCUAGAACUAUUGAAAGAAAUACAAAACCUUAUAAGAGGGAUGAAAAUUCAAUCAAUGGAAUGCCAGAUAUCACAGCAGAAAUUAGAGAACAUAUUCAGCUUAAUGAAAGUAAAAUUGUUAAACAAGCUGGAAUUGCCACAAAAGGACCCAAUGAAUACAUUCAAGAAAUAGAAUUUGAAAACUUGUCUCCAGGAAGUGUUAUUGUAUUCAGAGUUAGUCUCGAUCCACAUGCACAAGUCGCUGUUGGAAUUCUUCGAAAUCAUUUAACUCAGUUCAGUCCUCACUUUAAAUCUGGGAGCCUUUCUGCCGACAGCUCAGAUCCUAUAUUAAAAAUUCCUUUCGCUUAUAUUGCCUCUAAAUUAACUUUGGCUGAGCUAAAUCAAAUACUUUACCGGUGUGAAUCAGAAGAACAAGAAGAUGGUGGGGGAUGUUAUAAUAUACCAAACUGGUCAUCUCUUAAAUAUGCAGGUCUUCAAGGAUUAAUGUCUGUAUUAGCAGAAAUGAGACCAAAGAAUGACUUGGGGCAUCCUUUUUGUGAUAAUUUGAGAUCUGGAGAUUGGAUGAUUGACUAUGUCAGUAAUCGGCUUAUUUCACGAUCGGGAACUAUUGCUGAAGUUGGCAGAUGGUUGCAGGCUAUGUUCUUCUACCUGAAGCAGAUCCCACGCUAUCUUAUCCCAUGUUAUUUCGAUGCUGUAUUAAUCGGUGCAUACACCACUCUUCUGGAUACGGCAUGGAAACAAAUGUCAAGCUUUGUUCAGAAUGGUUCUACCUUUGUGAAACACCUUUCAUUGGGUUCUGUCCAGCUGUGUGGAGUAGGAAAAUACGCUUCUCUUCCACUUCUUUCACCUUCGCUUAUGGAUGUACCAUACAGGCUAAAUGAGAUCACAAAAGAAAAGGAGCAAUGUUGUGUGACUCUAGCUGCAGGCUUGCCUCAUUUUUCUUCUGGUAUUUUCCGCUGCUGGGGAAGGGAUACUUUUAUUGCACUUAGAGGUAUACUGCUGAUUACCGGGCGCUAUUUAGAAGCCAGGAAUAUUAUUUUAGCGUUUGCUGGUACCUUGAGACACGGUCUCAUUCCUAAUCUCCUGGGUGAAGGAACUUAUGCCAGAUACAACUGCCGGGAUGCCGUGUGGUGGUGGCUGCAGUGUAUUCAAGACUACUGUAAAGUGGUUCCAAAUGGCCUAGACAUUCUCAAGUGCCCUGUCUCCAGAAUGUAUCCUACAGAUGAUUCUGUUCCUUUGUCGGCCGGCACAGUGGAUCAGCCAUUGUUUGAAGUAAUACAAGAAGCUAUGCAGAGGCACAUGCAGGGCAUACAGUUCCGAGAAAGGAAUGCUGGUCCACAGAUAGAUCGAAACAUGAAGGAUGAAGGUUUUAAUAUAACUGUAGGGGUUGAUGAAGAAACAGGAUUUGUUUAUGGAGGAAAUCGCUUCAAUUGCGGCACAUGGAUGGAUAAAAUGGGAGAAAGUGACAGAGCUAGAAACAGAGGAAUCCCAGCCACUCCAAGAGAUGGAUCUGCUGUGGAAAUUGUGGGCCUAAGUAAAUCUGCCAUUCGCUGGUUGCUGGAAUUAUCUAAAAAAAAUAUUUUUCCUUAUCAUGAAGUCACAGUAAAAAGAGAUGGAAAGGUUGUGACAGUCUCAUAUGAUGAGUGGAACAGAAAAAUACAAGACAACUUUGAAAAGCUAUUUUAUGUGUCCGAAGACCCUUCAGACUUUAAUGAAAAGAAUCCAAAUCUGGUUCACAAACGUGGUAUAUACAAAGACAGUUAUGGAGCUUCAAGCCCUUGGUGUGACUAUCAGCUCAGGCCUAAUUUUACCAUAGCAAUGGUUGUAGCCCCUGAGCUCUUUACUACAGAAAAAGCAUGGAAAGCUUUACAGGUGGCAGAAAAAAAAUUGCUUGGUCCCCUUGGCAUGAAAACUUUGGAUCCAGAUGAUAUGGUUUACUGUGGAGUUUAUGACAAUGCCUUAGACAAUGACAACUACAAUCUUGCGAAAGGUUUCAAUUAUCAUCAAGGACCUGAGUGGCUUUGGCUCAUUGGGUAUUUUCUUCGUGCAAAAUUAUAUUUUUCCAAAUUAAUGGGUCCAGAGACGAAUGCAAAGACUAUUUUUUUGGUUAAAAAUGUUCUUUCCCGGCACUAUGUUCAUCUUGAGAGAUCUCCUUGGAAAGGACUUCCAGAACUGACCAAUGAGAAUGGCCAAUACUGCCCUUUCAGCUGUGAAACACAAGCCUGGUCAAUUAGUAGUGUUCUUGAAACACUCUAUGACUUAUAGUUGAUUCAUGGAUACUUAUUAAGUUGCAGUCACUUAUGUUAUGAAAUGCAGGGACAUAAUAUAAUGUAAAUGUUUUAUGUGCACAAGCUUGAGUCAUUUUAAAAAUCUCAUUUAUAUAAUAUUGAUGCCCAAAUAGGUUAAGACUGUAAAAGCAUUGAUUUUUCUUUCUUUUUUUAAUAUACAGAGGUGCUUUUGAUUUGUGUCAGAGAGAAAAUCACCAUAACUAAUGGAAUGUUUUUCUUUCAAAUUUAGUAACUUUUUUAAAUGCCGAGAAAUAAAGAUUUUGAAAUCCAGAGUUUGAAAAAGAAAAAUCAUGUAAUCUUCAGUUUGUACAUAAGUGAAAAUGAAAUAUGAGAAAGUAAUAAUGAAAGAAAUGGAAAAGUAUCUUUAGACAUGGUAUACAUUUUCUUUAGUGACAAUAUAUACUGAAUGAAUACACUGUAGUUAAUGUUCUCACCUUUUACUAUGUUAUUUCUAGUACCUUCCACACUGCAUUUAAUAACUAUUAAAUGAACGUUGAAUUAUGGAAGUGGCCACCUACAAUAUAUGUUCAUAAAUGGAGCAUAGAUGUUCAUAUGUGCUUUUAUUUUUUUCACUUAUAUAUUAAUAUUUUUUUAAUAUAAUGAAUGCCAACAGUGUAUUUAACAUAAUUUGCUUGUGUUAAUGACACAUAAGAUAUAUAAAAAAACACAAAGCAUUGAGAAUUUGUUUCCUAAAAACAGUUUUACAAAAUUAAUCUUGAGUUUGAGUUUCCUACUAUGAAAUGGUUUACAUUAUCAGAUUGCAAAUUGUUGGGCAUAUUUAUGAGAACUUUAAAGAAAAAAUGGUAUAUUAAUUUUCUAAAACUUAAUAACUAUUUUUAGUUUGUGUGUAAAGGUGUGUUGAUAGAUUAUAGUAGUUACUGGUUUCCUAUUAACCAAAACCUGCCAUUGACUCAUUGAGCAUUAAGGAUAAUCUUAGUAUCAUAAAAACAGAUAAGAAUUAAGUAGUUAUCUUGAAUUCAAUAAAAUUAGUUGAAAAGUUUUUCAUGUUAUUUUAAGAUAACUUAAAUCUGAAAAGUCAUAAAAGGGAAAAGGUUUUUUAACAUUUAUGUGAUUUGACAUUUUGAAUAGUAUUUGUUUUGUAGGUAGAAUUUUUUUUAAUGUGUUUGUCUCAAGAAAACACUUAAAAUAGAUUGUUAUACUUUCAGUUGAAAGACAUUAGUUGCAAAAAUCCUUUUAUUAUGAUGCAAUAUUAUUCAGUGGUAUGUUUAUAAUUACAAUAAUGGUACAGUAACACUUUUCUCAGUUAGAAAUCACAUACCCAACCACCUUAACUAUGACUAAGAAGUAAAAAUGAAGAAAAACAACUAUAACUUUUAAAUAAUAAAAAUAUGUAAAUGCUUCAGAGGUCAAAUACCAAUAUUCUGAAGUUCAUGUAAUUUACCGUAAGAUUACCUGCACACCCUUUUUCAAAGCUGACCCUACUUUAGAAAUAGUUUUAAUUAGCUUAGUUUUCUGAUUUUCCUACCUAAAGCAGAUUAAGCCCUACAAAUUUAAGGACAGUUGCAAUAAUAAUCUGACUUCUAUCUACAAACGCAUUGGUUUCCAAGUUUCCCUUCUUUCAGUUCUCAUUGUAUAACCUUCUCUAACCUAUGCAGUUAAAAUACCUUCCUUGAGAGAGAGAAACUUUAGUUAUUAUCAAGGGUUUAUGUAGUUCUGUUGCUCUAAUUUCUAUAUUAAAGGUGAUAAGAAAAGUAACAACCAACAUAUUUAAUGAAAGCAAGAAGUAAUGAAAGCAAGAAGUUAAAUGUGAUAAAAAAGUUAAUAAUAAGUAAAUGAGUUGACAAUUUUAAAAACAUACAUAUUGGGCAGAUACUCACCUCAGUAAAUUUUUAGGCAUAUUAAUGAAAGAACAGUGUAAUAAUCGAUAUGAUCUAUUUUAAAGUUUAAGAAGGUAUGCUACACAUUAUUUCAUUAAAGAUAAUUAAAAUAACAGUUUUAGACUAUAGAGGGAUAAAUGUCAUUUGACUAAAAAACAUUUAAGUAGAAUGAGUGACGUUGGAUUACAUUUCGAGAAUGGCUCUGUGCCUUGUUUCUUCACUAAUGCAAAUCAACCCUACUCUUUAAUAUGAGAUGUAAGAUUACCAGUUUAACCACUAUGCUAUGAUAAUUUAUUAAGUUUUAAAGAUAACUGAAGAAGCAUGAGACCUGUCAUAUCUAUGGACCUUAUAACCUAUGUGAAUUUUAGCUCAUUUCUGACAUGUCUUCAACUGCUCUAUCUAGUAGGCAAAUGUCAUUUUUGUGUAUGUGUGCCAAGAAAAUAAAAAUCUUUUCUAAAGGUU